GGCAAGAUGGCGGCGCCCAUGCGGAGGAGCUUGUACGGAUUCGGCGGCCUACUACUGGGCCGGUGGGCCCGGCAGUCCCCGGACGUCCGGCCCGGCCCGGCCGCCAUCGUGAUGCCGGUGAGGACCAAGAGGCGCUUCACCCCCCCGCAGAAGAAGGCCAAGUUCUGGACCGAAGAGGAGAACCGGGCCCGCGCCCGGGCCGCCGGCGUCGUCAUCCCCAACGAGCGCCCCGAGAGACCCAUUGUCCUGAACUGCACAGCCGGGGUCUUCGACCCCUACAUCCCCCCCGAGGGCGACGCUCGCUUGACGCCCCUCCUCCAGGCCGGCCUGAAGCAGAGGGUGGAACGGCUGAAGCAACGCGUGGCCUCCCAGAUGGCCAUCCGCAAGGUGAAGGAACACGACCCCACCUUCAGCGUCAAGACCUUCGCCGCCAAGGCCCAAGAGAUCUUCACUGAAGCGCACAACUGCCUGAACACGGCCAACCACGACAGGCUUCACGACCUGGUGACGGAGCACUGCUUCCCGAAAAUGGCCGAGGAGACGAAGCUGAAGACGGUGCGCUGGCGCUUCGUGGAGUCCCUGGAGCCCCCCCGGGUGGUGCAGGUCCGCUGCUCGGACACGGUCAGCGCGGGGAACGUGUACGGACAGGUCACCGUCCGCAUGCACACGCGCCAGGCCCUGGCCAUCUACGACCGGUUCGGGCGCCUGAUGUACGGGCGAGAGGACCCGCCGCGGGACGUGCUGGAGUACGUCGUGCUGGAGAAGCAGCUCCGCAACCCGUACGGCGCCUGGAGGCUCCAUGACAAGAUCGUCCCCGCCUGGGCCCCCGCGCCCGAAGCCCCCAUCAGGACGGUCCUGAUCCCCGGGCCCGACGACCUGAACGUGGCUACGCCAUCGCCACCGCCCGCUCCCGAGACCCCGGGCCUGCCAUCACCCCGGGACCAAUCCACCCCCCCGGGACCCGGGGUAUAGGGACCGGCUGCCCCAUGGAGGGUGGGAGGGGCGGCAGGGCGGGCUUGGGGAAAGGGGCGUCUUUUGCCUCGUCCCCCUUCUCCCCCCUCGACUGUCGGGGGCCCAGGCCCCAGGGAGGGCCACGAUGCCGGAACCCCCCCCUUCAGCCGAAGCUGCCGACCGCACCCCAGCGGGACGUCAAACCCCAAACUGGGAACGUGGCCUGAGACCCUGGUAAUAAAUCCCCGUCUUUUGGAGGC